GUGAACGAAAUCGAUGCCGAGGUGCACUAUAACAACGAUCCAUUGCAGGAGAUACGCCCAGAUGUGCUGGAGCAGGGGCGCCCGUAUCCCUCACGUGCGUACAGGCACUUCCACAAGGACUUCACAGCGGCUGGAUUGUAUCCUGAUGCCGGCGAAGUGACCAUCACCAUCCCUCCCGAGGUUAUACCUGCCGCUCAGGAGGCGGCCGAGGCUAUAGUUCCCGUUGAGACCAAAGCGAAAGACAAGGUCACAGAGAAAGAGCUGUUUGUACUCAAGGUCACCAUUAAAUUCAGUCUGUCGGAUCCUACUGGCGGCGUUUACUUCGUCAUGCCAACUAACGAUCUUGUGAAAGAUCGACCCCAGCACGUAUUCACGCACAAUCAGACCAACAGUGCCAGAUUGUGGUUUCCGUGCUUGGAUACAUGGACGGACAGGGUCACGUGGACACUCACCUUCACAGUGCCGCCCAAGAUGACUGCCGGUAAGCAUUCGCAUGACUUACAGCAUUUGGCGAUAGAGGAAUAG